AGGCUGAACAAGAGUAGGGUUUUUUAUUUUAUUUUAUUUUGAACUGGGAAUUAUAUUAAAAAGAAAGAAACCUUACAAAAGAAAAAAAAAAGCUGUCAUGGAAGUAUUACUUAACAAUCAAGAGUGUUCUAACUAAUGUUCCUUACUUUACCUUGAGGGUUUACGUUUUUAUUCUGUUCACAGUUUCAGUCCUGAAGUCCUCUAUAUUCUAGACCCUAUAUAAUAUUUAUAUCUCUUAUCAUCACCACCUCACUCCCCAUUGCACCUUUCUUUUAAUUUGAUCUAUUUUAAAAAGAUUUGCUUAAAAUAUCGAGUUGAUCAAUAAUACCAUUACCAAUCACUAUGCCUACCAGUACUGCUUCUGUUGUAGGUGAUGAUCGUGAUCAUCUGUUGCACGAAACAAUACUGCUUUCUACCAAACAAAUUGUAGCGAGUAUUGAAGCAAGUAAUGCGAGAGUUGAAGCAAGUAGUGCUGGAAUACAAGCUUUGCUUUGUCAAAUCGUGGAAUCUCAAGCCCAGAAUCAACUGCAAAUGAUGGAGAUGUUGAAGGUACUAGCAAAUAGUGAUAAUAAAAGGAAUAUUAAUACUAGUAUCUCUAAUGAAGAAGCUGCAGGGAAUCAUCAAAUCGACAUCCCAAAUGAACAAAUUCGGCCUACUGUUCCUAGUGUCGGUAAUGAUACAGAAGAAGUUGCUGAAAAUGAAUCAUCAGAAAUUAAUGAGCAACAAGAGGUUAAUCAGGUGAACCCAGAGACUAAUGAAUUUAACUAUGAUGGAUAUCUGCCCAUGAUGGAAGCAAUAUUUGCAUCAGACUGGAAAAAGGCAAAGGAAUAUCUACAUGAUCAUCAAACAAUCAUUAAAGAUAUUUUCCUGACAAGGGAUUCGAGGAAGGAAAUUAAUCUUAUUCUCCUUAGUGCCCAUUAUGACCACCAGUAUACGUUUCUGGACAAGUUUUUGGAAUUGGUGCCGCCAGAAACACUUGAAUAUAUGAACUCAAAUGGAGAUACGAUAUUGCAUUUUGCUGCGAUCUCUGGAGGAAUAAAAAUAGUUAAGUCACUGGUGGAGAAGCAUCCCAACUUGACACAAAUACGGUCCAACAAUGAACUGUCAGUUGUGCCACUCGUCAUGGCAGUUACAAGUGAUAGAGAUGGACAAAAGGAGGUGAUUGAGUAUCUUUACAAUGUAACUAGAGAUGAAGAUCCAAGUCCAUUCUCUGGUCAACAUGGUAUUCUUUUGCUAGACAGUUUAAUAUCGGCUGAUAUGUACGGUAUCGCAUUAUUCAUAUGCCAACGGUUUCCAGGAUUGGCUAAAGAUUUAAUGGAUGCAGAUGGUGAAAAUGGUUUGCCGGGGAUUUUAAAAUCUAUUGUGGGGAGGCCGUUUGCAUUUUUAAGCGGAUCAAAAAUGAAGGGCUGGGAACGCUGCAUCUAUAAAAUAAUUGAAGUGGACAUGAGUAGUCCAUUUGACGGUGAAAAACAAAAGGUUAGUUUGGAGAGCACCACCAAAGAAGACGAAGAGAAUCCAUAUGAUGCCUCAAAAAUCUCCUCAUUAGGUGAACAGUGCUCCAUAACCAAGUGCAUCUCAUACCACUUCAGGCUCUACAUUAGACGAGUGCCUAUUAUCAAGAAAUUAUACGAACAAAAGUUGAUGCACCAACAAGUCGUUGCCCUGACAAGGUAUUUCUUAGCACUACUUGGUGCAAAGGCAACGGAUGUAAAAAGCGCCACAGACAUAUUUCUUGAAUCUAAGCUGUUGGAGAUGGCUAUGAAGCUGGGUACCACAGAAUUCGUAAUGGAAUGUUUACUGAUAUUUCCUUUUCUAUGUGUGAAAAUAGAUGAUGGAGAAUUGGGACACAUAUUGAUUAAGUUGGUUGUCCACGAGCGGAAUGAAAUAAUAUAUAGAUUCAUCCAUAUUCUAAAACACAGACGCUCGUUAGAUAUAUUUUCAGCUCUCGAUGAUAAUGAUAACAGUAUCCUUCAUUACAGUGCCGAGUUACCUCAUAACAGAGGACUCAGUGAUAUAUCUGGUGCAGCGUUUCAAAUGCAACGAGAAAUACAAUGGUUCAAGAUGGUGGAAAAUACAAUGAUGCAGAGAGAUAGGUUUGUAAGAAACCAAGAUGGUAAUACUGCUCACUUUCUAUUCACGGAAAAUCACAAAGACUUGAUGGAAAACGGAGAGAAAUGGAUGAAAGACAUGUCGACAUCGUGCAUGGUAGUAGCGGCUCUAAUAUCUACUGUUGCAUUUGCUGCUGCUAUCACUGUGCCAGGGGGUAAUAUUAGCGAUGACAGUAGCAAAAAGAAUGGUCUCCCCAUUUUCUUGAACAAGGAUUUAUUCAUGGUUUUUGCGAUAGCAGAUGCCUCGGCACUUGUCUCCUCGAUCACGUCAGUGUUAAUGUUCUUGGCUGUAUUCACAUCACGGUAUUCCGAGGAAGAUUUUCUAAAAUCCUUACCACAAAAACUAAUAAUAGGUCUUGCAACACUAUUCGUAUCGAUGGCCAGCAUAUUAGUUUCAUUUGGAGCAGCUUUUAUAAUUAUUCUUGGACAACAGUUUCAUUGGACGUCGAUAGCUAUAUCGCUCUUCAGUUGUGUUCCAGUUCUUUUGUUUGGUUUUUUGCAAUUCCCAUUGUUCGUCGAAAUGGUAAGUUCUACCUAUUGGCCUCCAAUCUUAAGGAAACAAGACCAUCGUAUGUUUGAGACAUAUUUUCCGAAUGAAGAUUGGAAGGUGCUUUUAGAAAGAAGUGAUUGGCGCUACUAGAGAAAGGUGAACGAUGAAUUAAAGAAUGCAAAGCAUUAACAGUUUUGUUAGCUUGUGUAUGGAUGGACGAGAUAAGAGACAGAACUACUAGAUAUUAUGAUAAAAGAGAAUUGUAUUAUUGAAUGAGAUGAUUUACAUUGAGAACCCAUAAGGUAUAUAUAGCGACACCAUAACUUGGUAUGCAAGACUAAUACUUGUAAAUCAAUUCAUAAUAAAUAUAUCAAACGCUAAAUAUAACUCUAAA